GGAGAAGAUACGAUUCCAGGAGAGUUCUAUUACGAGCCGGCGAACUUGAAUGAUAUCGUAGCUGAACCCUUCCCCACCAGCUUCCUGCAAACCGGCAAUAGUCUUCCACUUACUAUUCAAGGAGAUUCUGCGAGUACCCCAUUUGCAUCACUCCAGCCGGCGCGUGAAGGCGUGACUUCGACGACUAGCGUCGCGGGU